AAACUACAAACUACAUGAUUGGGUGAAAUUUAUCACGUGAGUUCUGUUAUUUUUGAAUGAUCAUUCUCUGCUCCAUCUGUGUUUAUUUUGGAUCAUAAAAUUAUACUUAAUAUGCCGAUCGAUGCAGCACAUGCGAUUGUAGCUUCUAGGAAUCCUGACAUAAGCAGCAGUCCAGAUGGAUCAGAUUCUUCCGAUUUCAGUUUAUUGCUGUAAACUGAUAUUCAACCUUGGAAGAAGCUUAAUAUAUGUAACAAAGAGAUUUGUCAUAAGUCUAUUGGUUUCGUUGUCUUCACCAAUCAUGUCAUGCUGCAAGAGAGAAAAUCAUGAGCCAAAAGCCGAGGCAUUAUGUGGAUCUUGCUAUAAAUACAAGAAAACUAUUGAAAGUUUGCAGUUGGAAAAUGACAACAUCCUGAAAGAAAAUGAAAGACUUAAAAAGCAAAACCGUGAUUUGAGAAACCAAAAUGCUGAAAUAAUGGAAAGAUCUGAGGAACUAACGUGCUCAAUGGCAAGUGUUUUGGAGACCUCGGGAGCUCUUGAAAACGUCAACGAUGAAUACUCUAAUACCAAAUUAGCAAAGUUGUUUGAAAAGCUUUAUGACAAUCAAUGGGUAAAACUAUCUGAAUGGUUGGAAGAGAACAAUUCCGAUCUAUCAGAAUUAGAGAGAGUAAAAGCUCUUUCGACUCUGAUGAAGGAUGCCUAUGAAGAAUGUUUGAAACUAGCGGACGAUCAAAUACGAAGGUUUCUUUUUCUGGAAAGUGGUGAAGAGCUUCCAUCGCCAAACGAUGAGGUUACAUUAUUUAAAAUUAGAAGAGCCAAUGGCCGGAUGGACAACAUUAGAAAAUCAGUUAUUAAGAAAAUAUUAUGUAGUGUGCUUAAUGAGGAGAAAACUCACUUGUUGUUGCCAGUAGAAAACAAGAAAGAAGCAGAACAGUUAUUAAAGGAAUUCUUUCAUGAAUAUAUAGAUAUUUGUUGGUUAAUGCUGAUAUCUAAUCCUAGAUUACUGCUUGAGUUUAAAGUAAUUGGCAAGGCAUAUAACGGUGUCAUAAAAGAACAUUUUAAACAGUAUUCUACACAAGAAAGUGUGGAAAGUUCUAACAUUGAAAAGGACUGUAUAUACGAAGUGGUUUGGCCAUGCGUUAUUCUAGAGGAUAGAUCUGGAGUUUUUACCAAAGGUGAUGUAAUAACUGUUGAUGUUUGCACAAUGUCGGACGGAGACUAACAUUUGAAAAUAAAUAGAUUGACAGGGUUGCGUUGUAAAAAAGUCAGACAGUAAAUUGCUCAUUGGCGGAUUUGAUUAAUUUGUUUGAUCUGUUAGUUUACCGAUAACAUUUUGGCUCUUGUUGUCAUUUUUAGUCUUAUUGACUUCAAUCCUCAAUAAUGUUGCUAUGUCAUGUCAAUUAAAACUAAAGGUUUUAUAGUAAAAUACUAGUAGAUAUUUGAUAAUUACAUACUUAAAAAAGGCAUAUACUACAGUAUGCGUAUAGUAUGACAUCGUUACACAAUUCCGAUUAUAAUUCGAUCGAAAUGAAAAAAAAAACAAAGCAAAUUGUAUUAAGAUGUUUUCUAUAUUAAUUUGCAUAACGCUGUAUUAUGUAAGUCUGAAAUAAAAUGUAUGUUGUAGAUUUGUUAUCUGGUUUUGCUAAAUAAUUGAUCAACGCGAUAAUAACCGAUUAAAUGAGCAAGGUAGCACAUAUCAAUACAAAAUAAUAGUUGUUAAUUUCAUUUCAUAUCAGCGAGCACUAAUGAAUUAAAGGUACAAAUGUAUCACAA